AACAUUAAAUGAUUAUUGGUUGAAUGAACUAUGUAAAGCAAAUUGUUAAUGUGUUAUAUCCAUCAUGUUCGUUAUACUAGUUGUACCACUAGUAAUUUUUGUGUUGGGUUAUUUAUGUCUUUUUAUAAGACAACGAACUACGUUAACUGAUAUUCCUGGACCAAAGCCUGAUAUAUUAUUGACACACUUUUUUGACGUUAAAAUAAGACCUAAUUAUGAGUACCUUGGGACCCUUAUGAAAUACCAUGACCUUCACGGACCAGUUAUAAAGUGUUACGACGGCCCUCUUAAUGUUGGCAUUUUAAUCAAAGAUGCGGAAUUGAUUGAACACAUCUUAAGUUCAAACAAGCUUAUAGACAAAGCUAAACGAUAUGAAUUUAUUCACAACUGGCUUUCUAUGGGACUAUUGACUAGUACAGGUAAGAAAUGGAGACAACGUAGAAAACUGUUAACACCAGCAUUCCAUUUUUCUAUUCUUAACAAUUUUGUUGAAAUAUUUGCUAACGUUGGAGAAGUUUUUAUUGAAGUAUUACAGGAACACGUCAACAAACCAAGUUUUGAUAUCAGUCCCUUGGUGUCUUUGUGUACAUUAGACCUUAUUUGCGAGGCUGCCAUGGGAGUUAAAUUGAAUGCUCAGAAGAUGAAGACCUCUCAAUACAUUCAAGGUGUCAAAACUAUGUGCCAAAUCGUAGGUGGAAGAUUAUAUAGUUGUAUUAAUCCACUUUUUUACAAAUUUACUAUAACCUACCUUCAAGAAUGGAUAACAUUAAAGAUAGUUCAUGGACACACAGACAAUAUUAUCAAUCAAAGAAUUAUUGAGAAGGAGCAAAAUAAAAAUAUUGGGAGCCAUUCAUCUAAUAACAAGAAACCAGUAUUUUUGGAUAUUCUUUUAGAAUCUACUAUAGAUGGAAAAUCACUUUCAAGAUUGGAUAUAAGGGAAGAAGUAGACACUUUUAUGUUCGAGGGCCAUGAUACAACUGCAUCAGCUGUAAGUUUUGCACUUUAUUCGUUAGCAGCUAAUCCCGAAAUACAGAAAGAAGUGUAUAUUGAGCAGCAAACCAUUUUUAACGAUGAUUUAAAAAAUGCAAAACCAACUGUGGCACAAUUAAAUGAAAUGAAAUAUUUGGAGCUCGUCAUAAAAGAAACGCUUAGACUGUAUCCAUCGGUGCCGUAUAUAGGAAGAAAAUUGUCUGAGGAUGUAAUGCAUAAAGGAAUGCUUUUACCAAAGGGAAUCGAUGUACUGUUAUUUAUAUUUGCCUAUCAUCGAGAUGCAGAGGCUUUUCCAGAUCCUUUAAAAUUCAAUCCGAACAGAUUUUUAGAUACAAAUAGACUCAAUCCUUAUCAAUACACUCCUUUUAGUGCAGGACCUCGAAAUUGUAUAGGACAAAGAUUUGCGAUGCUGGCAAUGAAAAGUACAUUAUCGAAAGUAAUAAGGAAUUUUGAAUUGUUUCCAUCUACUCCCAAACAUGAACUGCAGUUAGUUCCAGAUACAAUUCUCAAAUCAAAGAACGGUAUCUGUAUUUCGAUUAAACAGAGAAAUUAGUCUACUAAAAAUAUUUGACAAUAAUAUGUUUCUUAACUAAUUUAAUUAAGUAGUCCACAAUAUAUCUGUAAAGUUUUUAAUAAAUUCAUUUAAAUAUUAUAUAUGGUUUAUUUUAG